AUGGCAUCGUACGACUUUGUCAUCGUUGGCGGUGGUACGGCCGGGCUCGUGCUCGCCAGACGGCUCAGCGAAGGUGGCAAGCACACUGUGCUUGUCCUGGAGGCGGGGAGAGCUCCUACUGCGGAGCAAAGCGCUAUAGUGAAAAUGACGGUAAGCACUUCACUCUGCGAUUCCUCUCAUGAUGUCGAACUUACACGUCAAUACCCAACUCCCCCUCAGCCCGCUCUGAACGGCCGCUCGUUCGACCUCCAGACAGGGUGGUGUCUCGGUGGCUCAAGCAAUGUCAACUUUGCGCUGUGGACCCGUGGCGCGGCAUGCGACUACGCGCGCAUCGCAGACAUCACCGGUGACGCGUUAUGGAACUUCGAUGCUAUAAUAUCCUACUUCAAGAAGGCGGAGACUUAUCACGCCCCUGAGCGCGGUCGAAACGGGCUCGCUUCAACGAUCAAGACAGAGCUACAUGGGACAGAUGGGCCGGUGCAUGUGCGCCCCAUCGAUGGUGUUGCGAGGACAUGGCAGAGAUCGGAGGAUUGUCGGCAGGCAUACAUGGCUGCUGGGAUGGAGUAUCGUGAGGACGGGAGCGAUGGAUUUAUUCUCGGGAUUGGAGAGAUGGCGUCAAGCGAUUGGUUUGCGGGAGGAGGAAGGCAGAGUUCGCAGGCCUACGUGACCCCAAGGCCGGAGAAACUUGAGAUCUUGGAGAACAAGCAGGUCGGGAGGGUAAUAUUUGAAGGGAAGAGCGCAGUGGGUGUCGAGUGCAUCUCCGGGGAGAUCUUCAUUGCCACGAAGGAAGUCAUCUUAUCGGCCGGCGCACUCCAGUCUCCUGCCAUCCUUCAGCGCUCCGGCAUUGGUCCCGCAGAUAUGCUUCAAAACCUCAACAUUCCCCUCGUUCACGACCUUCCUGGUGUUGGUCAAAACCUCUGGGACCACUUCAUGGUAUCCCUACGGUGGCGUCUCAAACAGGAAUACACCGGAGGCACACUAGACGAUAUAAGGGACCCCGCAUUACGAAACGUCGCUCUCCAAGCCUACGUUCAGAAUGGAGGGGGAAUGCUCGGCGGGCCUCCGUUCGAAUUCGGUCUCUGGCGUAAUUUCAAUGACGAGAUCAAGGAAGUGGUUCGUGACGACAAGACGCUCUCACCCCGAACGCGCGACUACCUCCUCUCCCCAUCCACCCCACACGCCCAAUUUCUGCAUGUGCAUGGCUACGUCUUUGCACCCGACUCGCACCCGCCGACCCGGGCACAUAUAUCCAUCCUCCCCAUCGUCGCCACGCCCACCUCGCGCGGCACAGUCCGCAUUACGUCCUCCGACCCUUCCUCUGAUCCCAUCGUCGACCCGAACUGGCUUGCGACGGACGUGGACCGUACGAUCGUCCGUGCCGGGAUGCGUUUCGCGGACAAAGUUAUGUCCAAUGCUACGUUCGUCGAGACGGAGGUUUCCGGGGAGGAAGAUCAGGUUGGGUUUGAGAGUGACGAGAAGAUGGACUACAAAGUCAGCAAAAACGGGUCGACGGUAUAUCAUUUUGCAGGAACGUGCGCGAUGGCAUCGCCGAACAGCACGGAGGUGCUCCCGGUCCUAAACUCACAGUGCGAGGUGUACGGCGUGCAGCGCCUGCGUGUCGUCGACAUGAGCGCAUACCCGGCGCCUAUCUCCGCAAACACCCAAGCGCCUACGUACGCGCUCGCGGAGAAGAUUGCAGACGUGAUUCGCACCAAGUAUGCGGAUGCUUGAUGGUACAAACGUACAAUAUAGUUCGUGAUCAAGGGUAUACAGGAAGUAAACCCGUGUUUCUAAUACAAAUACAAAAUCCCGUUGUUGCAAUCCCC